AGCUGUGAAAUAAGAGGGAGGGGGAGAAAAACCUCUGCAGAAAAAGAUUCAAACUGGCCGCAGAGAACAGCCGUGCUGACCAGAUAACUGUUGAACUUACAGAUCUGUGAAGACUUUCAAAAGAGAAGAAACUGGACACGGAGGGGAAAGGAAAUAAAGAGGGAAGUGCCAGAAUACAAACGGAGCCAAAGGAAAUCUAGAGGAAAAGAAGAGGAGGGGACUGACACUCAGCUGUGAAUACCAUUCUGGACUAAGAUGGAGGUCUACACUGUAAACGUAGCCACUGGUACAUCAGAGUAUUCAGGCACCAACAACUACAUCUACGUGACCCUGGUGGGGGAGAAAGGGGAGAGCGAACGCACCCUGAUGGACAACCCCGGACUGGACUUCUGUCGUGGAGCGGUGGAUCAGUACAAGGUGACCAGCCCUUCGCAUCUAGGCGCCCUGCUACUGGUCAGACUGGAGAAACAGAGGUACUGGUUGGAAGAUAACUGGUUCUGUCGCUACGUCACGGUGGAGCCUCCAGGUGAAGACAAAGUGCUGACUUUCCCGUGUCACCGCUGGCUGAUAGGAGACAUCAAGGUGGAGAUAAGAGAGGGAACAGCGAAGACACUGAGGGACGACUCCUUACCCCAGCUGCUGGCUCACAGGAAGACAGAGCUGCAGGAGAGACAGACAACUUACAGAUGGGUAACGUGGACCCCAGGGCUGCCCAGAUGUAUCGACGCUAAAACAGAAGCAGAUCUACCUCAAGAUGUCCGCUUCGACAACGAGAAGAGGAGCGACUUUGAACAUUCAUUACACUAUGCCUUGCUGGAGCUGUCCCUAAAGAAGCUGGCCAUCAGUUUCGGGAAGUCCUGGAGCGACCUGGACGAUUUCAAACGGAUCUUCUGGAAGCUGCGAAGCCCCAUAGCUGAGUACUGUAUGGAGCACUGGAAGGAGGACCAGUUCUUUGGCUACCAGUGUAUGAACGGCUCCAACCCGAGGAUGAUCCAGAGGUGCAAGAAGCUGCCAGAGAACUUCCCUGUAGUACCAGACAUGGUGCAGAGCUCCAUGGCUCCCAGGACCAACCUGGACAAAGAACUCAAGGCAGGUAACAUCUACCUGUUGGACUACGCCAUCAUGGAUGGGGUUCCCACCAAUACAAUCAGGGGCAAACCUCAGUACAUUGCUGCUCCACUCUGUCUCCUGUACCAACACCCAGAUGACGGACUCAUACCUAUUGCUAUACAGCUGGAGCAGACUCCGGGCCUGGACACGCCCAUAUUCCUGCCCAGAGACCCGCCCCUGGCCUGGCUAUUGGCUAAGAUGUGGGUUCGUCACUCUGAGUUCCAGGUGUUCCAGCUGCUGUCUCACCUGCUCAGGACUCACCUGGUGAUAGAGGUGUUUUGUGUGGCUACGCUGAGACAGCUGCCUGCUGUGCAUCCUAUAUAUAAGGCAAGUCAUAUUGUAUAG